CCCUCUUAAGUCUUAACCAAGUGAGGAUAGUCUCAAUAUUGGAUCUGACCACUCUGAUACUCUGCCAAACCAUCCCCAAACACUUCACAGAUUGUCAUCUAACAUGGAGACUUGCCGGGUACCGAGUCAUUGGCCGCCUAUUAAAUGCCGGUUCGAGCAAACGUCGUCGUUUCGAGCAGCCACGUCGUGUUGUUUCCCUCCAAACGCGAAAAAACUGGGGGAUCAUUCAAUGGAUGAUCGAAUGUUCAUUCUCGGAAUGGGUUUCGUGGGGCAGUUCUUCGCUGCAGAUGUGAAGAACAAAGGAUGGGUGGUGAGUGGGAGCUGUACAAGCUCCGCCAAGAAGAAAGAACUUGAAGAACUGGGAUAUCAAGCUUUUGUCUUCGAUGCGAAUGACCCACUGCGUGAAAUUCUGGAGAUAGUGAAAUAUCACACCCAUCUUGUUAUCUCCAUUCCUCCUCUUAAGGGUCUUGGGGAUCCGUUGCUUUGUCAUAAAGAUCUAGUCGAGAGUAUAUGGAACAGUGGGAGGCUUCGAUGGCUAGUCUACUUGUCAUCAACUAGACUAAAAUCAUCAAGGAAGUAUGCAACAUUAUUACAUGACAGUUAUCAAGUGAAUCCAGCCAGUGAACUUGCUCGAGCAAGAUUAACUGCUGAGGAAGAAUGGUUGCGUUUGGGUCGUAAUCUUGGUAUUGCAGCACAAGUAUUUCGACUUGGUGGUAUAUAUGGCCCCGGUAGAAGUGCUGUGGAUACCAUCCUCAAGCAGUUGCCACUCUCAAGUGGACAGAAAAUGAGACAUUCAAAACGUUUCACGUCUCGUGUUCAUGUCGCUGAUAUAUGCCAAGCACUUCAUGCUAGUAUUUCGAAGCCUGCUGCUGGGAAAAUAUACAAUAUUGUGGAUGAUGAUCCUGCACCACGGGAGGAAGUAUUUGAGCUUGCGCAUAAGUUGGUUGAUGAAAAGUUUCCGGGUCGCAUAAACCUUCAUAUAUCUUCCGAAAGAGAAAAGUCACUUAUUAUGGAUAAGAUAUCUGGUAGAGGUGAAAAGAGAGUUUCAAAUGCUCGAAUGAAAAAGGAACUGGGAGUGAAGCUGAUUCAUCCUACCUACACUUCUGGAUUGCAAAGCAUUAUUAAGCAGAUUGACUGACAGUCAAUUUCUGCCCAAUUAUUCAUGAUUGUGGCAGAGUGAAUGUAAAGAAGAAUGGUCAUGAACUUGUGUUUAGGAAGUUGCCCUUUCAACCCAAAAUGGCUGAUCUAGCCUUUAUAAGUGUAAUCAUUGUAUUAUCCGAAGAUGUUGUCCAAAGUCAAUAAUAAGGCCAAUAAAUGACUUGAUUUCUUAGUUCCACUUGUUUAUUUUUACACGAUUGUGUCAUCAGAAUUUUUCCUAUCCACUUAAGAGAUACUUCAUGAAAAUUAUACUAAGAGAAUACAUCUCUAUUCUCUUGCUUUCUUUUAUAAGACUUUAUUAG